CCUCCGAACCCUACCUAUAUAUUUGAUUAACAGGGUGGUGGGAAAAUCAGAUCAGGCACAAUCAUAGGAUAUAUUGUUUCUCGAUUCUUGUGUAGUUCUAUUUCUCGAUUUAUCAACCUUUCAGUGGAACCCUAGAUUUUUGAUUAAUACAUCAAGAGAUAUUAGAGGUAUAAGAUAAGCACAACCCGUCCAAGCGAAAACCCUCAAAAUUCGAUGCCGCCGAAACAAUCGAAAUCCCACACGCCGCAACGCCAAGUCAUCACGCCAGACGACGUGCCCGCCCUCCUCACUCUCCCUUGCCGACAAUUAGCAGGACGACUUUAAAAUCGUCGACAGAUCCCUUUUUUCUUGCCCAAGAUGUCCUACGAAGAGCGCGCCAACGCGCACCCCAAUCUGGGCGACGAGUCCGAUGUCGAGGAGGAAGCGUUGGUCAACGAUUACCGCGAGCAGGUUAACUUUGACGAUGGCAUGAGCGAGUUGGAUCGGACUACAUCUCUGGGAGCUGCCUCUCAGACCCAGGACCUUCAGGCACAGCUCGCUGCUGCUGCGACCCCGCUCGAGUACCAGGCCACACUGGAGACCAAGUUUGCAAGCUACGACAACUACUGCAGUCUUUUCCAUUACAUCCUCAACUCGGAUGGACCAGUGGAAUUAGAGGUUCCUUCUUACUACUGGGCUUGGGAUGUGAUCGAUGAGUUCAUUUACCAGUUCGAAUCGUUCUGCCGCUACCGCAACCGUGUUGCCCGCAGUGGCUCCAACGAGGAGGAAGCCCAGCUUCUCCGUGAGAAUCCAAACACCUGGGGCUGCUACUCCGUCCUCAACGUGCUUUACUCCCUUAUCCAGAAAUCUCAGAUUAAUGAGCAAUUGGCUGCCAUUAAGCGUGGCGAGGACCCGAUGGCAUUCGCUGGGGAAUACGGCUCCCGCCCCCUCUACAAGAUGCUGGGAUACUUCUCUAUCAUCGGAUUGCUUCGCGUCCACUGCUUGCUGGGUGACUUCAGCCUUGCCCUCAAGACCCUCGACGACAUCGAGAUGAACAAAAAGGCCAUGUUCGCCCGUGUCAUGGCUGCUCACUUCACCACCUACUACUAUGUGGGUUUCUCCUACAUGAUGAUGCGCCGCUACGGCGAUGCUAUCCGCAUGUUUAGCCACAUCCUGGUCUAUGUCUCCCGGACCAAGAACUUCCAGAAGGGCAGCAACAGCUACGAUGCUAUUGCCAAGAAGAAUGACCAGAUGUACGCCCUCAUUGCCAUCUGUGUCGCUCUCCACCCUACCCGUCUCGACGACACCAUCCACUCCGCUCUGCGUGAGAAGUACGGCGAGCAGCUCAACCGCCUUCAGCACGGUGGCCCCGAGGCCCUGCCCUUGUUCGAGGAGCUCUUCCGCUCUGCUUGCCCCAAGUUCAUUAGCCCCACUCCCCCCGACUUUGACAACCCAACUGUCAACGUUGACCCUGUUGACCACCACACCGCUAUCUUCAUGGACGAGGUCAAGAACACCCUGUACAACCCCACAAUCCGUUCAUACCUGAAACUUUACACAACAAUGGAUCUCAACAAGCUCGCUGGUUUCCUCGAGGUCGAGCCCGAGAAGCUUCGCUCUUGGCUCCUGAUCAACAAGCAGCGCAGCCGACAGGUCCGCUGGGUUGAGGGCGGUCUACUAGAAGGCGAGCCCGUUAACGCUAAUGAUUUGGACUACGCUUUGGAGAACGACCUCAUCCAUGUCAGCGAGACCAAGGCCGGACGACGCCUCGUUGACUGGUACCUGCGAAACCUCGCCCGUGUCUACUAAACUAGGCGCCUUACUUGCUAGCAAAUGUGUGUUGGAGGUCUCAAAAAAGAUAGCAUACACCCACGCCGGUUUGUAAUCUGCACGGGAAAAAUAUCCUCUUAGCGAAAACCCCUAGAGUCACUUCGACCGGUGAAAAGGGACGUUGAUUCGACGACUCAUAUGCGGGUUGGGAGUCUUAAAAGGUUCCGUCCGCGACAGGAAGAGGAGCAAAAGACUUUAAUCAGCAAUCAUCAUAUCUCCCUUGCCCUUUUUU